UUUUUCAGAAAUUCUACGUUUGUGAAAUUUGUAACGGUCGAAAGAGUGAGAUAAAGUAGCUUCCUUGUUACAAUAUUUCACAAUUUUGUGGAAAUUUUUCUGCUACUUUUGCUUAAUUAGGUUGAAAUGAACUUGGAACUUACUACGUAUGACUUUUUUAUCAAACAGAUCUCUAUGAUUCACGAUUAUCAUUUUUCCUAUGAUUUAUGAGCAAUAAUCGAUAAUUGGAAACCCCUCCUCACCUUAUAAGUUGGUAUAUUUUAAACCGAAUAAAAAUUCCGACCACAGGCUGAGGCUGAGCAGACAAUACAGUAAACUUAGGUAUAUUUUUCGAUAGUUUGAACUUCAAUUCAUCAAAUUUGAAGUAAAUUUCGACGAAAAUCUCAUCGAUGAAAAAUUCUCCUACACAGUCGAAUGAAUCAGACAUUACCCAGCGAUAAAAGCGACACGCUCUGCCUGGCAUCAGCAGCUCAGUCGGCACGCCGCCACAACGAUACUGUUCCGCGGUCAUCGUUAUUAAGCGGGCUAAAUGAAGCGUGCCGCUUUAUCUUUAAUAGCAGCGUGUAAAAAUUAUUCGCGUGUUCACAUUGUAUACGUUAUCUUCGCAUCAAUCGCUUAAUUUCCCGCAAAGAUUACUAAAAUUAUCGCCUGGGAGGAUGAUUAAUAGUUACUCUCUAAAUUUGAAACAGUCAUUUUCAUUACUGUUUUAUUCAGUUAAUCUGAUUUUUUUUUCAAAUUACUGCAUAACAGUGAUUUUUACUGGUUUCAACAGUCAAAUCCAAUCAUUUAACUGUUGAAAGCAGUAUUUGACUAGAGCCCUAUUCAACUGUUUUUUUCAGUAAAAUAACAAUUACUGAUAAAAACAGUAGUUUUUUUGAAAUUACUGUUUUUAUCAGUGGUUUUGAAUUCAAACUACUGUAUUAGGCAGUAACAUUGACAAAUUUACUGUUUAUAGCAGUAAGUUUUACUGUUUAUAGCAGUAGGUUUUACUGUUUAUGGCAGUAAACAUCUUAUGACUUACUGUUUGAGCCAGUACCUACUUUGCGCCAUUUUCUUUUAAGAUUUUUGAGCAAUAGUGGUUUCUCUGAAUAAAUGUGUUUGGUGAAGGUGUUAAUUUGAGUAAACGUUGUAUUUUGUAAAAAAUGAAUCAACUGAAUCCAGAUUUCAAGCAUUACCUAAGCGGAAAUGGCAUCAAUGAAGCAGUAAUCGAUGUUUUGAUCGUGUUCUGCUGUCCUAAAGUUGGUAAAAACUGAAACUCGUACCUACUCUUCGUGCUGUUCCUGUCACUGUACAUAGACAAACUGAAAAAUGCUGCCAUUGCGUUGCUUCUCUUGUCAGCAGUAUUGCAAUGGAAUAAAGGAGUGGACAUCACAUUUAAAAUACUACCACGGAUAUUAUCUCACUAAAAAUAUCGAAAACGGAUUCCCUUGCACCUACGAUCGAUGCAACAAGAGUUUUGCUCUCUUUAAAACGCUUCGUCAGCACAUUGAGUCAACUCAUGCGAAUACGACACCAUUUACCAGUGUGCCUACAUGUUCGACUGAUGCUGAUACAAGUGAUACUGAUCAGUAUGAAAAUUCCAAUUCAACAUCGCAUGAACGAAAUUACGUAACUUCCGAAGAUUUUUUACCAUUCAAUUUGCAAGACAACUCAGAAGAUUUGAAUUCCUCAUUACGUCUGUACCUAGUGAAAAUGGUGGUCAACUUACAGUGCAAAUCUUCAAUGACGACGUCUUCAGUAUGUUUUGUCAUUAAUCAUCUUCAAAAAAUCUUGACCGAUGUAUCUGUCUUUUGGAAGCAUCAUUUAACAACUUUUCUGGAAAAUAAUGGGAUUGAAAAAGAUUCCCCAGAUGUUUCAGAACUACUGAAAAAAUUCGAUUUGAACGAUGCGUUUACAAAUUUGGAUACUUUGGAUGGCCAGAUUGAUGCUUUUCGUGAAAACUGCUCUUAUGUCAACCCACAGGAAAUCCCUCUGGGCACACGUAUCAAUCAGCGUUUAGAUAGAUCUUCAAACGAAUUUUUACCCAAAACAAUCAACGAAACUUUUCAAUACGUGCCUGUUGUUGAUGUUUUGAAGUUGGUUUUGCAGAGCCAAGAAAUUAAAGAUGCCAUUUUGACAGAAAAAAAAUCUGAAGAUGGUACUUUUCGAUCUUUUAGAGACGGUAAAAGUUUUGAUUCAAAUCCAUUUUUCCAGAAAUUUCCCGAUGCGAUUCGUUUGCAAUUAUAUUACGAUGAACUGGAAAUUGUGAACCCUUUGGCCUCUAAAAAAGGAGUGCAUAAAAUCGGAGCUUUCUACUAUACCAUUCAAAAUCUCCCUUCGUAUAUCAAUUCUCAGCUGAAUAACAUCCACGUUUUAGCUUUAUGCUAUUAUGAAGAUGUGCGUAAAUAUGGAUUCAAGCAGAUCCUCCGGCCAUUUCUACAGGAGCUGAAGAGUUUGGAGAGUGAUGAAGGAAUUGUAAUUCAACUAAAUACUGAUGAAAAUUAUGUUCUUAGAGCAAGUCUUGCAUCUUUUUGUGGUGAUGGCUUGGCAGUGCACGACUUAUUCGGAUUACUUAGCCCAUCCGCAAAUAUGUUUUGUAGACUGUGUUUAAUAAGUCGAACCGAUUUACUUAAUGGGCAGCUAGAACCUCAAGAACCUAGAACCAAAGCAAUCUAUGAUGAACAUUUGGCUCUGAUUCAAAGUAACAACACUCAAGAUGUGAGAUCCCAGACAGGUGUAAAAGCAGAAAGUCCACUGAACAAAUUAAAAUAUUUUCAUGUUGCUGAUAAUAUGAUUUUCGAUCCCAUGCACGAUAUUCUUUGUGGAAUUGGUCCUAUGGUGCUGAAACUAGUAAUUCGUCACUACGUGUAUGAAUCCCAUUUCUUUCAAUUGGAUGAUUUAAAUGAGCGAAUUUCAUCAUUCCAUUACGGUAUUUUAGAAAUGAAAAACAAGCCAUCUGCCAAUUUGAUCGAAUCAAACAUCCGAAGCACUAAAGAGCAUGCACUGAGUCAGAGGGCAAUGCAAACAUGGUGCUUGUUGCGGACUUUUCCAUUUCUAAUCGCUGACAAAAUACCAAACCCAGAUGAUGAACAUAUGCAUCUAAUCGUUCUUCUAUUACGAAUUAUGGAAUUGGUAUUUUCACCAAUGAUCACCAAGAAUCUUCUGGCUUAUUUGGACGCGCUAAUUAUUGACUUCAUUUCGUUGUAUCGCAAUUUAUUUCCAAACGUUCCCUGCAUAAAUAAAUUUCAUCAUCUAACUCACUAUCCGAUGUGCAUAGAAUGGUCAGGUCCUCUGUCCAACAUGUGGUGUAUGCGUUUUGAAGCAAAACAUGGUCAAGUGAAGAAACGUGCUCAAGUUGUCUGCAAUUUUAAAAACGCUCCAAAAACUCUUAUUCGAAUUGGUCAAUGCACACAAUCCGCCAAAUGGGGAAGCAAAAAUGUGCCUUUACAUUACAUCAAAUUCGAGCAGUUGUGCACUAGACCAGUGAAUUCUACACUUAGCUGUCAUAAAUUACAAGAUUUGGGAUUUUCAUCAGACGGCAACGUUACGAUUACAAAUCAAAUUAAAAUAGAUGGCUGGUUAUUUCGAAUAGGUUUAUUUGUAGUCGUAAAUCUAUCAAACGAGGAAGAAUUGCCAGAAUUUGCAAAAAUCGAAGAGAUCGUGAUUUGUGACCAAUCAGAAAUUUAUGUUUAUGCUCAUGUUUGGAGAACUAUGCAUUUGGAUACGUUUUUCAAUGCAUACGCCAUCGUUAAUGACCAUCAAUCAAAUGCUGUUUUUCUACCAAUUCGAAACCUCAGAUAUAAAGCCUUAGAUACAUGGAGUGCUCCCAAUCACGACGAACAAUUCAUCAGUUUACGUCAUAUUUUAUUAUGACAUACGAUAGAUCAAGAAAUCGGAUGGCAAAAUUUCCCAGAGCUCUCUCAAGAUGAUUUACUUGGUAUCGGUAUCAAAAUGGGCUCAGCAAAAGCUCUACUAAAACUCAUCACUGAAUUCAACAAUAGUCCUCAAG